AUGGGCUCAGUCAACAACUGCAACUACACAGUCUGGCCUGGAAUUCUCUCAAACGCAGGCGUCCCACAACUCUACACUACAGGCCUAACUCUCCAGCCAGGCCAAUCAGAAACUCUAUCAGUUCCAUUCUCCUGGGGAGGCCGCCUAUGGGGUCGAAGUUUCUGCACCCAAGAGCCCUCAGGCAAGUUCACAUGCCUCACCGGCGAUUGUGGCUCAUCUACGGUAGAGUGCUCUGGCAAUGGUGCUGCAUUGCCUGCUACCCUUGCCGAGUUCACUCUAAACGGUGCUAACGGGCUCGACGUCUACGAUGUCAGUCUUGUUGAUGGCUAUAACCUCCCUAUGCUUGUUACCCCACAAGGUGGCCAGACUGGACAAGGAAAGUGUACGUUCACUGGCUGUAUUAAGGACUUGAACCCUUCUUGUCCUGCAGAGCUUAAGGUUGCUGCCAAUAAUGGAGAGAAUGUUGUGGCAUGUAAGAGUGCUUGUUCUGCGUUUGGUGACCCGAAAUAUUGUUGCUGUGGGGCAUAUUCGAAUCCUGAUACUUGCAAACCCACAUCUUACUCUGAAAUCUUCAAGACUGCCUGCCCGAGAGCUUACAGCUAUGCUUACGAUGAUCAGACCAUUACUUUUACUUGUGCUGGUGCCGAUUAUGUUAUCAGUUUCUGCCCUUCCCCUUCCUCUUCCACUUCCUCCAGCUCUGCAGCUACACCCAUCGUCACCCCAAGGCAGAAGUCCGGGAAAAUACCUGGUCCAGAAGAUCGAACACUCGUCUUUGCUGGUUCUCAUGGUAUAUCAUUACACUCCAUUGGUGGUGCCAUCAUUACUGUAGCAGCAAUGUUGCAACUGUGCCGGCUACGUGCUGAUUGA